CCCCCCCCCCCCCCCCGCAUAUAUGAGGGCACCGCGGCUCCUUUUGGACUCAUCUGCCGGACCCAGUCCAGCUGCAAGAACCCCUACGGAACCCAGACCGAGUUCGACCGCACCGAGCCCGGUAACUUACGACGAUGAUGCUGCAUCUGUUGCUCCUCCAGCUGGUGCUGGCCCCCGCCCUUUUGGUGUCCGCUGAGGACUACUGGGAAGACUGGAGUGCCUACGGGCCUUGCAGUCGGACCUGCGGCGGCGGUGUGAUGAUCAGAAGCAGACGCUGUGUCACCCACAGAAACGACGGAGGCCACAACUGCGUCGGACCCGACAGGUCUUACCUGGCCUGUAACACGGAGCCAUGUGCCGCGGGAACCAAGGACUACCGCGAGGAGCAGUGCGCCGAGUACGACGGGACCGACUUCAAGGGCACGCGCUACUCCUGGGUGCCUUAUUAUGGAGCCGAGAACCCCUGCGAGCUGAACUGCAUGCCGAAGGGCGAGAACUUCGUCUACCGCCACAGCGCCGCCGUCAAGGACGGGACGCCCUGCCACCCCGGCCGCCAUGACAUCUGCGUGGAGGGCGUCUGCAUGCGCAUGGGCUGCGACCGCAUGCUGAACUCUCAUCUGCAAGAGGACGCCUGCCUGGUGUGCGGAGGCAACGGCCACUCCUGCUCGCUGGUCAAGAACACCUACACCGCUCAGCGUCUGGCCCACGGUUACAACCAUGUGGUCACCAUCCCCGCCGGAGCCACCUCCAUCAGCAUCAAGGAGAAGAAACCCUCACGCAAUUACCUGGCUGUCAAGAACCUGCAAGGAGACUACUACCUGAACGGCCACUGGUCCCUGCAGUUCUCCCAGGCCACCCACAUUGCCGGCACUAAGCUGUACUACCAACGAGGCGUCGAGGGCGACAACAUACCAGAGUCCAUCAUCGGCCGCGGACCCACCACCGAGCCCCUGGUCGUGGAGCUGAUCAGCAUGGAGCCCAACCAGGGCGUGGAUUACGAGUACUACCUUCCCGUGGGACACCCCACAGAGGGAUACGCCUGGAGCUUUGGAUCUUGGUCUCCCUGUAGCAAAGAGUGCGGAUUAGGCUUCCAGUCCAGAGCCGUCUACUGCUCCAUCGACAACGAGGUCGUGCCCGACUACCUGUGCCCGUACUACGCCCGCCCCGUGCAGAACAGGACCUGUAACCCUCAGGACUGCCCUGCCACCUACACCUGGAGAACCGGCGAGUGGAACGAGUGCUCCGCCCAGUGCGACGGCGGCUUCCAAUAUCGGGGCGUGGACUGUCUCUACAAUGACGAGUCGGGACCCCGCGUGGUCCAGGACGCCUUCUGCUCCCAGUACGCCCAGAAGCCCACCGACCAGCAGUACUGCAACAUGCAGCGCUGUGAGGAGAACCCCAUGAGAGCGAUCAUUUCCGAACUCCCCGCUGAGAAUGCCGCCGAGUGCCGCAGAACCAAAUACGGGUGCUGCUACGACCGCACCAACCCCGCAGCCGGACCCAACGGAGAGGGUUGUCGCGACCCACCAGCGCCUUAUGAGCGCUCCAUCUGCUCCCUGCCCAAGGCCGCCGGAUCCUGCUCCAGCUGGAGGGCGCACUACUUCUUCAAUGUUCUGACUGGUCAGUGUGCUGAGUUCUGGUACGGAGGCUGCUUCGGCAACAGCAACAACUUCGACACGCAGGAGGAGUGCGAGAGGGUCUGCCACCAGCCCAAUGGCGGAUCAAAUGGCAACGGAAACGGCGAAAAUGGAAACGGAAACGGCGAAAACGGAAAUGGACACGGCGAAAACGGAAAUGGAAACGGUAAUGGUGCCGCCAACGGAAACGGUAAUGGUGAGGGAAACGGAAACGGUAAUGGUCACACCAACGGAAACGGUAAUGGGGAGGCCAACGGAAACGGAAACGGUAAUGGUCACACCAACGGAAACGGUAAUGGUCGUGCCAACGGAAAUGGAAACGAUAACGGCCGCGCCAACGGAAAUGGAAAUGGCAACGGUAAUGGCCGCGCCAAUGGAAAUGGUAACGGCCGUGCCAACGGAAACGGAAAUGGUAACGGCCGUCCCAAUGGAAAUGGAAACGGUAACGGUAAUGGCCGCUCCAACGGAAACGGUAACGGCCGCGCCAACGGAAACGGAAAUGGUAACGGCCGUCCCAAUGGAAAUGGUAACGAUUACCCCAAUGGAAAUGGAAACGGUAACGGCCGCUCCAACGGAAAUGGUAAUGGCAACGGAAACGGUAACGGCCGCACCAAUGGAAACGGUAAUGGAAACGGUAACGGUAACGGCAACGGCAAUGGCCACACCAACGGAAAUGGUAAUGGUUAUGAAAAUGGAAACGGUAAUGGCCACACCAACGGAAAUGGUAAUGGUUAUGAAAAUGGAAACGGAAACGGUAAUGGCCACAGCAACGGAAAUGGUAAUGGAAACGGUAACGGCCGCACCAAUGGAAACGGUAACGGAAAUGGUAACGGCCGCGCCAAUGGAAAUGGUAAUGGUAACGGCUACCUAAAUGGAAACGGUAAUGGCCGCACCAACGGCAACGGAAAUGGUAACGGCCGCACCAAUGGAAACGGUAACGGAAAUGGUAAUGGCCUCACCAACGGAAACGGCAACGGUAAUGCCCGCACCAACGGAAAUGGUAACGGCCACACCAACGGAAACGGAAAUGGUAACGGCCACACCAACGGAAACGGAAAUGGUAACGGCCACACCAACGGAAACGGCAACGGUAAUGCCCGCACCAACGGAAAUGGUAACGGCCACACCAACGGAAACGGAAAUGGUAACGGCCACACCAACGGAAACGGAAAUGGUAACGGCCACACCAACGGAAACGGCAACGGUAAUGGCCGCACCAACGGAAAUGGCAACGGAAAUGGUAACGGCCACACCAACGGAAACGGAAAUGGAAAUGGUAAUGGCCUCACCAACGGAAACGGCAACGGUAAUGGCCGCGCCAACGGAAACGGUUACCGAAAUGGAAAUGGCAACGGAAACGGUAACGGCCGCGCCAAUGGAAACGGUAACGGUCGCGUCAACGGAAACGGCAACGGUCUCCCCAACGGAAACGGAAACGGCGAGCAUGACAACGGAAACGGUAACGGUCACUCCAAUGGCAACGGCGAGCACUACAACGGAAACGGAAACGGUCGCGCCAACGGAUAUGGACAGCGCGCCAACGGCAACGGAAACGGGAACGGCGAGGAGCACGAAGGAAACGGCAACGGUGGCUCCAACGGCAACGGUGGCUCCAACGGCAACGGUGGCAGGGUAGCCGCCAGGGUGGCCCACACCGCCAACAAAGGCCGAUUCUACAUGAAGGCCCGCAAGCCUUACUUCAUCACCGUGAAAAAGCACUUCAUCCCCGCAGCCAGCUUGACCUCGCCAGCCCGGGUGAGGAUCGACCAGUCGGACCCGUCCUCCGUGGAGGCCCUGGUGGGCCAGACGGUGGUGCUGCCGUGCAGAGUCAGCCCGCCGCCGUCGUCGUCGUCGUCCAGCGCGGUGACGGUUGAGUGGAGGAAGGAUGGCGUCGCACUCGCGUCACACAGACACCAGGAGCAGCCCAACGGUUCGCUGCUGCUGGGUCCCGUCAGCAAGUCGGACGCCGGCUGGUUCUUGUGCGUGGCCACCAGGGACCAGGAGCGAGAUCACCGCUACGUUUACCUGACCGUCUCAGAGGCGGCAUCCGGGCCGCAGACCGCCCCCCUGCCCACAGACGGACCCUCGCCAGAGUUCAGCCUGGAGCGCUCGGCCUUGUCCUUGAUGGAGACGCGAGCGGGACAAGCGGCGCGACUGCCGUGCGCCGUCGCGCCUGCGGCGGCGCUGCCCUACGUCAGGGUGGCGUGGACCCGCGACGGACGCCCGCUGGCCGGCUCCGGGUUCGUCCAGCAGUCAGACGGCGCCCUGCUCAUCGAGUCCCUGCGGACGGAGGACGCCGGCGUGUACACUUGCUCCGCCUCCACGCAGCAUCAUCUGGAGCAGAGACACAUCCAAGUCAGAGUCCAAGCCGCCCUGCGGAUUACCAAAGCUCCCGACGACGUCCGGGUCCCCGAAGGCGGCACGGCCCUGCUGCCGUGCGAGGCGUCGGGGGACGGCGUCAGCGUCGGAUGGUCCAGGAACGGCGUCCCGGUGCGCCCGGACGGGCGUAAGGUGCAGGCGUCACCCGACGGCAGCCUGAUCUUGAACGACGUGCGGACGUCCGACGAGGGCACCUACACGUGCAACGCCUACGCCGGCGUCGACUCGGCCAGCGCCUCGGCCGACGUGCGCCUCGCCAAAGACCCCCAGACGGGCGUGGCCGUGACGUCGUCGUCGCCGUCAUCGGGGGCGGCGUGCUCGGACCGGCCCGAGCUGGCCAACUGCAAGUUGGUGGUGUACGCCCGCCUGUGCGCACACCCGUACUACGUCGACUUCUGCUGCGCCAGCUGUGCCCGCCGAGCGCAGAGCGGCGACAGGUUAGCUCGGUGACACCACGGCGGUGGGUGCGCUACGUAAGCGGCGAAAGGCCAGUCCUCCAAUAUUCUCAUCAUUUUAUUGUCACUUCAUCAUAUUGUUUUCACAAUAAAAGCAAUGUAGUCGCUAUGACGUCACGGCGUCCCGUUCCAUAUUUUGCCACGAGGGGGCGGCAGAGCGGGGGGUUGGUGAGAAAAUAAGCACUCAAGGGGGAUGCGCAGGAUAUAAGUUUUUUUUUCAGUGUAUUUUUUAAAUCAAUGUCUUUUUUUUUCAAAAUUUAAUUUCUAGUAUUAUUAAUUAAUUAAAAUUACUUAAUUAUUAAUAUUCAGUGUGUAACUAGAACAAUAAGACAUAUAAAUACGCAUUUGUUUUCAUUCACUCGAUUAUUAUUUUAUUCAUUUCUGUUAUUUAUUUAACAUUUUAGUUGAUUACCAUAAAAUACAGAUGGAUUAUUUGAAUAAUUUGAAAAAGUAAUGUGUGUGCAUGAAUCAAGACGACACAAUUUUUGAAAUACAAAACUAUUUUAUUCAAAGUUUUUAAAUAUGAAAAUCAAAUGCGUUACAUUAAAACAAAUAUUUAUGUGUUGUUAAGUUUAUAGUGAUAUUUAGGUUAAAUAUAGAAAAAUAUUCAAAAGGGGCAGACAAAAUUUGUAUAAAUUAGUAAGUAUGAACAAAAUGGAAAAAAUAUUGAAUAGUAAUAUGUGGUAUGUGGACUAUAAAAAUUAUGAUUAGAUGAAAAUGUGAGGGGGGAAAAUGCUCAGAUUUUAAAUGUAAUUAUAAAUAUAAUGUAAAUGUGAAGUCGAAAAUCAAAUCUACACAUUUGAAAACAAAAGGGACAUGUGGUAUGUAAUUAAAAAUCAAGCUGAAUCUACAUUGAAAUAAAAAUGACCAUGUAAUCAAUAAUAACAAAAAAAUUGUCUAAACAAAAACAAAAUUAAGAUGUAUUAAGUGGGAGCUGACCUCGUCGUGGCAACAACAAAAAAAGUGCUGAGUGGAAUAGUGGAAGGCAUAAAAAAAUAAUAAGACUACAUAAAAUGUAAUUAAAAAAUAUGUAUAUAAAUAACAAUGAGUGUAAGUG